UUUAUGUUUUCUGUGUGCGCACGUGUGUUCGUGACAUUGCAGCUAAAGCCGCUAGUCGUAGUUAUUUUCAGUGAUUUGGCACCUCACUGAGUGGAAUAUAUUUCGAAGAGCAUUUUGCUGUUAUUUUUGCGUUCACUCUUUUCUGGGGUAGAUAUAGCGACAAGGAAUUUUUCGAGUUGGUAACUGUGGCACGGCAGUCUAAGAAUUCAUACAACAAAUGGAGGCCCAAGAAGUCAGUUCGAAGAAUGAGGGACAUAACAUGGUACCUGUCGAUGGCCCAGGCUGGUCGUACGUGGACGGGGUUCUGCACUGCGACGGCAUGUCGCUGGAGGACUUGCGGAUGUCCCUGAGGAAGGACUACGGCCACCAGGGAUCCCCGGCCCACGUUUAUUCCCACUCAGCUUUGGUCGCCAAUGUCAGGAAGUACACGGAUGCGCUUUGUCCUCUUGGAGAACGCGGGACAUUGUCGUAUUCCCUGAAGGCCAAUAGCAACUUGCGGGUGUUGGAGACGCUGAGGCAGGCGGGCGUUACCAUGGCAACCACGGUUAGCGGGAAUGAAAUCCUAAUGGCAAUGAAGGCGGGGUUCGCUGCAUCAAAUAUCAUCUAUAACGGAACCGGUAAAAGAAGGUGGGAAGUAGAACUGGCGGUCAAGCAUGGAGUGCUACUCAACCUCGACUCUGAAUUCGAUGCCCGUUUGAUCGCGGGCGUGGCCAGGGAAGUGGGCGUAAGGGCGAGGUGUCUCGUGCGCCUGAAUCCAGCCCUGAAUGCGGACACCCACCCGUAUCUGGCGACCGCUCUCGCCGACUCCAAGUUCGGGGUGGAAUUUCACCAGCUGGAAAAGGUGUUGCAGGCCGUGCGCGCGGGUGAGAGCGGGAACGAGGAGCACGUGGCCGUCGAGGGAGUGCACAUCCACGUCGGAUCCGCUGUCUCGCGCACGCGGGUGUACGCAGACAUGACGAGGGCCGCCGCACGCACGCUGCGUGAGAUCCGAGAGCGCGGAUGGCCGAGGGCGUCCACCAUCAACCUGGGAGGUGGACUCAAUAUUCGGCUGUCAGGAGUCCCGAGGAAGGACGGAGAGGACCAGGAGCGCCCUGCAACCCCAGAGAACCUCGUGGACGCAAUCCUUCCCAUCCUCCCUCAGGACACCACGCUCCUGCUGGAGCCCGGCAGAUCUCUCGUGGCAACGGCUGGUGUACUGAUGACUGAAGUGUUAGGGGUGAAGACCAAUGGAGACCGCAGGUUCCUCGUGGUGGACUCUGCUAUGACCGAGGUCAUUCGCCCUGCCCUGUACGGAGCCCAUCACCCUGUUACUCACGUGACUGUCCCGUCUAGUCAGGUCAGUAUACUGGCAACGCUACCCACGAUUUCAACGGGACUUUCGGGAAUGUGUUCCUCCCCGUACUCUCUUUCCCCACUGCCUGUUCCCCGACAGGAGAGGGCCGCGAUGGAUGUAGUCGGGCCAGUGUGCGAAAGCGGAGACUUCCUUGCCCGCCGCUGCAUGCUCAGCCCAAACCCUCCUUCCGGGGCCGCCCUCGUGGUUUGGGCGACAGGGGCGUACUGUUCCUCCAUGGCUUCCAAUUAUAACUUGCGCCCGCACGCCGUCGAGGUCAUCGUAAGGGCGCCCGACCUCUACACUAUUGUGAGGAGGCCAGAAAAUUUCGAAGACCUCGUUUCGUGUUACUUGUAGAUGCCAAGAUAGCGAUUAU